AUGGCACGAGUAGUAUCUCGGCGGGCUGCAUCAGCCAACGCCGCUCGUGCUCCAAGCAGAACGGCUAGAAAGAAACCUCGAAAGCACAAGGUCAUCUUGGAAAGCGUCACGCAAGAGAAGAAGAAGCUUCGGAGUGUUCUUUCGACUCUGUCGCAGAUCUCAUUUGAAGCAAAAGCACCACCUGGUUAUACCUUUAUACCAGCCGGCAACCCACAGUUUACCAGUGCCUGCAAGGAGAUGUGCCGAAAGGAUGGGCUGAAAGUGUUUGCUGUCACUACCACUCCACACCACCGCAUGCAUGACCUUUCCCAACAAGUUCAUCGAAUUGGAUAUCACUUCCCGAGCUCUGUUGUGGCAACAGUUUGUAUGGAGAUGGGAUUAUACCUCACAUCGACUGGGAAAGUGGUGCCGUUUGAGGAUCUUGGUAACAGGCCUUCCAGCAGACGAGCUGACUCUGAGGUUUCUCAAACUGCAAUCAAUACAGAAGCGAGAGACGUCAUCCGCGAUCUUUUCCCCAAUAUCCCGGAGAAUGACCUCAAUCAGAUUAUCAAAACUGCUUUUCAAAAGGGCCAACGAAAAGUGGGUACCGCGGUCGAGUUGCCACUUGCACGUAGGGCACAGUUGGCAGUUGUAGCCCAUAUUCGACACGUAUAUACAAAUUAUGACCGGCUACUGAAAGUAACAUCGUUCCAAGAGGCUAGAAGUCUCGUAGAAGAACCUACUCUGGAAAAGCUGGUUGAGUGGCGGGGAGACGAUGAGAAUGGGAAGACAGAACUCGAAGACGUUUUUCGAGAAGUCAUCGUCAUCUCUGAUGAUGAGGAUGAGGAUGAUGACGAUGACAGUGCCACAGUUCAUGCAAAUGAGCCAAUUCCUGCUGAUCGAGAUUCUAGCGUUGAGAUUGUUUCAAGCAAUGCUGUCGCUGGUGAGCUCCAGACCAGGCCUGUGAAUUAUGCAAACCUGCCGAAAGAGACUUUCCAAGAUCUUUCCGAUGAUGAGGCGCCACCAGGCUUCCGCUUUGUCCCUGGAGUUACCCCAAGAAGCAAGGCUCAGGUUGAUCGUCGAGGAUUCAGCCGGUAUCAAGCCUGGGACCGAGCCAGGGAUCGUUACCGUGAAAGGAUCUCCAUGCCUUAUCAAGCUCAUUUUCCUGGUUCUCGGGUGGAUGAUCAUAACCCUGGCUCACAUAUCUCACAGCAGACAUUUUAUGACACUGUUAACAGGUCAUCUGAGUCAAUACGUGAUCGUCAUGUCGCGCCACAGCGACCUGUGCCAAAUUCGGCUUUUGACAGUCUGAAUUUAGGACGAGUAGCACCUUCAGAUCACACAGUCAAUCCUCCAGAGUCAGUGGUCUGUCGAAACAUGGAGAUGACUUACCCUACUAACUUUGGUGCCUCAUGUCAGCCCCGCUUUCCCUCACGCCAGCCUCCUGAUGUCCUUCGGUUUCCUGAUGGUUCCAUUUUCGAAAAGAUUCCUGCUCCCAUAAGGGAAGAAGCAGUGCCUCGUUCGACUAACCCUUCGGGUUCUCCCGUCUUUGUCAGCGGACCUAGCUCUUCUCUUCGGGGUCACGAGAACCCCCGCAAACGCAUGCGCCCUCCAGAGAACUUGCCUUUCCAGCAGGAUAGAGUAGACGUAUCCCCCCAACGUCAUAUAGUUCUGCCAUCGAUCGAGGUUCCUGAAUCACCACCUUCCCCCAGGCAGUGGGUGGAUCACAGAACAAGCCAGACGCAUAGGAAUGAAUUCCAAGGACAUUCGCAAACGCACUUGCGGCGACCCGUUGAAGACCUAUCUCGGAGAAUUAAUAUGAUUAACGUAGCUGACAACAGAAAUGAAAGCUCAAAGAGGAGGCGCCUGGAAUACGAUGAGCGUCCGUAUAAUCUUCCUCAUCACCAGUCUUCUCCCGGGGAUGGACCACAGCCUAUGUUUCCACAGUCCUUCGAAAGACCAGAAAGGCAGCACAUUCCCAUGGUCGCGCAUGGUACACCGCCAGGGACCAGUCGAAAUGACCAUCAAUUUUACAGGGCGGAGGUAAUUCCUCGUGAACGGCAGCAAAUGACGAGACAUCCGCCCGAGAGGAUUCCAAUUCGCGAGCCUUCCCCUCCCCCUUUAAUGCAAUCAGACUCGGACGUUCCUCGUCCUAUGGGUCAGGGUUUUUCUCGCCCCUCAGACGUUCCGGUCUUUUUGGAUUCCUCCCAACAUAGUGUUGGUUCCAUUCGCAGAUCUCCUAUUCAUUCUCGCUUUGCUUCGCUUUCUCAUAACAGGGGCUUCCCUGUGAGAGAUGAAGGCUAUGUAACUGAAUCUGGCAAUGUCCCUAAUUUGCCAGAGACCCAACCCCUAUAUGUUAGGAGUGGACGUGAUCCCCCAGCUCGAGGAACAGAUGCCCCAGCAUGGCGAAGCAAGGCUAGUCUCUAUGAAUCCGAAAGGAGGCGUAUUUAUUCUCAGGGGUCUUCAUGGCCGGCUGAUAUGCACAGUCAUGAGGUCCAUUCUCUGCAUGCGUCGCAGCCUCCCCCGCACGACCGGGAUAUUGAGGUCAUUUCUUCUCCUCGCAGAAAUGUUCCCAGGGCUACGGACCACAUUAGAGAUGGAGGCUCCCUGAGAAUAGAUCCUGGGUUCCACCAAAAUCCCCCUCUCCAUCAACCCCGCGCAAAAUCCCAGGUGUCAGCCGUCGUUGAUGGUUUUACUUCUAGCACUCAACAUGGCUCAUAUGUGAACGGAAACAAGGAGACUCUUCCCCCGUCGGCAGUGAGAAGGUACGAAUCAAGACCUCGCCGAGUGCCGCAGGAAACUGAACAGAGCUCGCAUGCGGCUCACAAAAGGGAGGGCCAAUCUCAUCAUUACCGGCAUUGGCCGGCGGAAGAGACUAUUGUUAUUGAUUAA